AUGGUGUUGCUGAGUCCAUCAAUCAGUGGCAUACAAGACCUGUUGACGAUAUGUGAGCGGUAUGCGGAUUCUCAUGGCCUCAGGUACAAUGCCUCGAAGAGUGAGUUGUUAGUUUUUAAAGCGGGUACUAAGAGCUACUCGCGUACCCCUCAGGUUAAACUUGGCGACACUCCUCUCAAGAUAGUUGAAGAAGUUAAAUACCUGGGGCACUGGGUUACUUCAUCCCUCACAGACAACAAGGACAUCGAAAGGGAACGCAGGGCGCUGGCGGUGAGGAGUAACAUGUUGAUCCGCAGAUUUGCUAGGUGUAACAAAAACGUUAAAAUUACCAUAUUUAGUGCAUACUGUCAGUCAUUUUACACCUGCAGUCUAUGGAUCAACUAUACUCAAAAAACCUACAGCGCCCUGCGCGUCCAAUAUAACAACGCUUUCAGGAUGCUGUUGGGGCUCCCGCGGCAUUGCAGUGCGUCAGGCAUGUUCGCGGAGGCGCGCACGGAUGGCUUUCACGCGAUAAUGCGAAAACGUGUCGCGUCCCUGCUGAGACGUAUCGCCGGUAGCCCCAACAGUCUCCUGGAAACAGUGGCAGGACGGGAUAAUAGUCCCUUCCAUUACUCCUGA